AUGGCGUCUGGGGACGGGGCUCACGUGGCUGCUCUUACAGAUCGGAAGUUAAGCGACGUGCGGAUCAAGUUUGUGGAGAGCGUGAGCAAGGCCGUGAUCAGCACCCUGCUGGACGACCUGCUGGAGAGACAGGUGCUGAACGAGGAGGAAGUGGAGGAGGUGAGGGAGAGCUACAGUAAGAAGAGUGACCAAGCCAGGUGCCUGAUUGAUGGGGUGAGGAAAAAGGGUGCCAGAGCCAGCGAAAUAUUCAUUGAGCGCCUCUGCGUCAGAGAUGUCCACCUGGCCACAGAGCUGGGGCUCGGAGCCCCCUCGGGGACUGCUGCAGAAACCCAGCCAGCGCCAUCUCAGGAAUGGAUCCAGCCCUGCCCCCGGGAAUUCGUCCAGCGGAUCCAGAAGGAGGAAGCAAAGGAGAUCUAUUCCAUCCUGGACAAGGCGACGCGAACCCGCCUGGCCCUCAUCAUCUGUAAUGUUGAGUUUGAGCAUCUCCGCAGGAGGGACGGGGCUGACGUGGACGUGAAUGGGAUGAAGAGGCUUCUAGAAGGGCUGGGAUACAAGGUGGAAACUCACUGCAACUUGAACUCCCAGGCCAUGGUGGAGACCCUGAAGCAGUUUGCUGCUCGGAACGAGCACCGGACCUCGGAUAGCACCUUCCUCGUGCUCAUGUCUCAUGGCGUCAGGGCUGGCCUGUGCGGGACAAAGAGCCAAAGCGAGUCCACAGACAUCCUUCCCAUUGACACCAUCUACAGCACCUUCAACAACAAGAAUUGCCAGGCACUGCUGGGAAAACCCAAAGUGAUCAUCAUUCAGGCCUGCCGUGGGGAGAACCACGGACAGGUGUUGGUGAGUGACUCUGCAGAGCUCCCUGGAGGCGGCUCCAGCCUCGCUCCGCUGCCCCCUGAAGGGUUAGAAGAUGAUGCAAGUCACCAAAUCCACGUGGAGAGCGAUUUCAUCGGUUUCCACGCUACAACGCCAGACACUUUGUCCUGGAGAUGUCCAAAAACUGGGUCCGUCUUCAUCACCCGUCUGAUAGAGCAUCUUCGAACCAAUGCCUGCCGCUUCCCCUUGGAGGAGAUCUUCCGAAAGGUCCAGCUCUCCUUUCAAAAUUUUCCUCGUCAGAUGCCCACCAAGGAAAGAACUACCAUGAUAAAAAAGUUCUAUCUGUUCCCAGGCCAUUAGAACCAGCCCCACAAUAAGCCAGCGCAUGUCCCAUGGGGGCCCUGCCGCAGUCAGCGUCUGCACAUUCAACAUUGGCACAAAGCUCAAGGUCUCUCUUCCUGCUGCCUGCACACUUUCCACCUGUGGCUUUCCUCUGAACUGCCAGAAGUGCCUUCAGCUUCUCACCAGCCCCUUCCCCUGCGGAAGUGCCUCCUCUUUGUGACAGGACAACGGUAGCAUCAGCCUGGAGCUCCUGCUGCCACAUCUCUAUCAAAUGGCUCUUCCUAGCGAGACAGCAGCACCCCCCAGCUAUCUAGAUCCUACAGCACUGACAUCCCCGUGGCCCCGUCCCUGAGAUCCAGUUCACACUCUGAUCAUUCCCUCCGGUAGCCAGACUUUGAGUCCCCGGACAGUCAGACAAGUGAGUCUCAGCCACAUCCUUCUUGGUAAACAGCUGGAGUCUCCCAUUAGGGAUAUCAACAGCAGGGGCGUCUUCACUGUAGUUAGCCCAGGCUCCUGUCCCCUCCCCUCCGCAUACAAAACCCUCUCACCUGGGCUUUCCACCUGGGCUAGCUGCCCCAGCUGAGGGUGGCUUCGAGCGUGGUGCUGCUUUCACUGGGGCUGGGAGCCUGCCCACUUGGCCAUGAGGAUGCAGCUAAAUCACUCCAGUGCUGACGGUGCACCUCUGCCUUCCCACAGUCCCCCCCCAGGUGCCCAGGACAGGCGCGUCCCACAAACGCGCUGGGAAAGAGUCAUGCAGCGACUCACCUUACAGCAGCACAAAGAACCAUGGGCUUUGCCCACAGUGCGGAUGCAGUAACUUGGGCGGGGUUUUGCAGUGUGGCUGCUCACAGCCAGGUUAGACUAACCCAGUGCUCACACCUGGGGUGCUGAUCACCCGGGUUGUCAAGGCUGCUUCCCCACUUUGAACUUUAGGGUACAAAUGUGGGGGCCUGCAUGAA